ACACAAUGGCCCUAGUAGGCGUUGGACCGAAGAUGCAAUGCACUUUAGCAGCAUCAGUACCAACCCAGUUGUGCAAAUAAGACUAAACGAGGAAACGGUUGAUACAACUUUUAAUAAUACUGUGCAGCCCAGAAUUGGUUCGUUGGGCCGGCAAGAUGAGUGAACAGAAGGAAUCCCUUAGGAAGAUCACCACAACCCUAGCCCUGAAGAAUGAAGAGAUUCAAAACUUUGUCUGUUGUCUCAAACAGAGCUUAGAGAACCUGGAGAUGAACUCGAACCGCGUGCAGGAGGACAUGGAGGCUGAGUUCACAUCCCUGCACUCGGUCCUGGAUGAGCUGAAGGAAGGGAUGGUCACACGUAUAAAACAAGAGAGGGCCAGUCGCACCUACGAACUACAGAAUCAACUGAGCGCCUGUUCCAAGGCCCUGGAGAGCUCGGAGGAUCUCCUGGAACAAGCCAAUCAGACGCUCUGCUCUGCUGAAACAGAGGAUUUUACCCAGGCGGCCAAAGACAUUAAGGAUAGCGUGACAAUGGCCCCAGCCUUCCGGCUGUCUCUGAAAGCGAAGGCCAGUGACAACAUGAGUCACAUGAUGGUGGAUUUUACCCAAGAAAGGGAGAUGCUACAGGCCAUUAAAUUCCUCCCAGUGCCUGCGACUCCCGAGAUCCAGGUGUCAGAGUGCCAGGUGUGUGACAACACGGUGACGGUGCUGUGGACCCUUCCGGAACCGGACACCAAGAUAGACCACUACGUGCUGGAGCACCGGCGCACCAACCACGAGGGGCCCCCCCGCGUCCGGGAGGACUACCCCUGGAUGGUGGUGGAGGGGAUCCGCGAGAUGGAGCACAUCCUCACAGGGCUUCGCUUUGACACCCGCUACAUAACGUUUCGCGUGAAGGCGUGUAACAAGGCUGUGGCGGGGGAGUUCUCCGAACCGGUAACUCUAGAAACACAUGCGUUUGUGUUCAAGCUGGACGCCGGAUCGUCCCAUCAGAACCUGCGCGUGGAGGACCUGAGCGUGGAGUGGGACAGCUGCGGGGGAAAGGUCCAGGAGAUACGCAAAGACAAGAACCGCACCAACUCCCCCAUGCACUCCCCUGCCAGGACCGCCAUGAUGUCGCCCAAGAGGGCGCCAUCGGCCAGGGUCGGCAGGGAUAGGUUCACUGCUGAGUCCUACACCGUACUGGGAGACACCAUGAUCGACGCGGGCCAGCAGUACUGGGAGGUCCGCUUCGACAAGGAGAGCAAGGCCUUCGCCGUGGGCGUGGCCCUGCGUAACCUGGGCCGCUUCGACCAGCUGGGCAAGAGCAGCGCGUCCUGGUGCAUCCACCUGAACAACUGGCUGCAGCAGAGCCUGACGGCCAAGCACAACAACAAGGCUCGCACCUUGGACUGCCCCAUCCCCGACCGCAUAGGGGUCUACUGCAACUACGAAGAGGGCGUGUUGUCCUUCUACAACUCCAGAACCAAGCAGCUGAUGCAUACAUUUAGAGCCAAGUUCCAGCAACCCGUUAUACCUGCUUUCAUGGUGUGGAACGGCAGUUUCUCAGUGCAAACGGGGCUGCAGGUUCCCAGCGCCGUGCAGAGCGGCCAGAGGAAGAACAGUGGCACCAGCAGCUCCAACGCCAGCCUCACCUAGACCCGCAGCCUUCCCGCCCCAGCCCCGGCCACAGCCCUUGGCAGAACUGCUGCUGAACCUUCCCUUAAACCCUGGCUGUGGAGCCUUGGAGCGCACCCGGCCUCAGCACCAGCCGUCAACCGCUGCUGACCUCUAUCUCCCCCUCUCCCUCCUCCUCCACCUGCCCCUCAUCCUCCACCUGCCCCUCCACCUCCACCUCUCUCCCUCAUCCUUUCCCUCCAUGCCCCUGCUGCUCUGCCACCUCCUCCUCAGCUCUUUCCGUGCCUUCCAGAGGUGCCCUCAUCAGUAUUAAGUCAGUAAUCAUGACGUCGCUAUUUCCUCCUUAACAAACAAUGCAACAAAAGGCCAAAUGAUGGUUACUCGUUUUAUUUAUUUGUUUGCGUUAAAGUCUAGCGGUUACGUUCAUUUGUCUGUAUUGUACAGAGUAACACAGUAGUCAUCUUCACAGAUUGAAUGUUUGGAAAUACUCAGCUACUGUAUCUAGUUGCUUUCUAAGAAGCCAACUGAAUUGUAUAACCCUCAUAACGACCAGUUGAUAGUCUUUACAUAAAUGACUAGUUGCUACAUAAGGAAUGUACUGACACCGACAUUGCUAACCAGCAGCUGUGUGGACCAGAGAGGGGAAUUCAACAGACACACAAAA